AUGAGUGACUCAAAGUAUAAAGGUGAGAACUCCUCACAGGUACGAAAUCCUGGUUUAACACCUUUACCCGCAGCGGUCAGUGGAGCAUUAAGCCAUAUGUCCGUUAUCGACACCAGCCUUCGGGCUAUAACGGAAAAGAUGGACUCUUUUAAUACUCUGCAAGAGUCGUUGAAUAAUAUGCAGAAGGACCUGUGGAAUGAGGAUGGACUAGAUGACAGAAUUAGAUACAUCGCUCAACAGCAUGAAGACAACCAGUCUGAAAUUGAAACCUUAAAACAGGAAAAUAUUACCCUCCGUAAGGAACUUCAGCUGUUGAAGUCGAUUGUUGUAAAUUUAGACAGGAAAGUGACACAACAAGAAAGUGAGAUUGUAGACCUGAGAGGAAGAUCUAUGAGAGAUAACAUUCUAAUCCAUAAUCUGGCAGAAGAGGAAAACGAAGAUCUUAAUGCAAAAGUUCACCAGAUCAUAAGAGAUCAUUUAAAACUGGAUAUCGGUUUUGUCAGAAUCCAUCGUAACGGACCUAGAAUGCCAGGCAAUAAACCCACAACCAUUACGGUAAAACUACGCGACUCUAACGAUAAGGACCGGAUUCUUGCAGCCCAAAGAGCUCUGCGGGAAAAGGAGAAAAAAGAGAACAAGGAGAAAAGCGCCUUACCUUGCUACAUUACACCUCAAACAUCAGUGCAAAUUAACGAAAGUAGAAGGAGGCUUAAGGAGAUCAAUACACAGUACAGAAUGAACAAAAUAGAGACCAAGAUAAUUGGGAAUAAAGUUGUGUUUCCUAAUGGAAAUGUGUAUCGGGAAAAGGUUACCACGCCUAGAGCUGAAGAUCUACUCUUUGUGGACGAGGCAGAAGAGGAAAAGUUAAACGAGAUAGAGGCGGUGACAAGUGAUCCUAUCUAUGAGGGUGGCAAUGUCUUCAAAGCGGUGGCUACAAAAGCGAGUACGUAUGCAGAGGUCAGACAGUUUUACAAAAAAGUUAUGAGUGACCCGAACUCCGCCAACGCGCACCAUUACGUCCUAGCAUAUCGGAUUCAAGAUGCACAAGGGAACAUCCGCGAUGGAUACUGCGAUGAUGGAGAAUACGGCGCAGGUAGGAGAGUGGUCCGGCUUUUAGGAGAUCAGAGUGCCACCAACGUCGCAUUCGUUAUUUCAAGGAAAUCGGGAAAUCAUAUCGGACCAAGGCGCUUCGAUAUCAUAUGUGAUGCCGUGCUCAAUGCUGCCAAUAAACUCUGA